GGGGAAAGAUGCUCAUUCUCUGUCCAGAUGUGGCAUUACUUCUGCUGUGCUCUUCAUCAUGAUCUAUGGACUAUUCUACCUCCCAAGACAGCCCAGGAGAUUCUUACAGAUGUACUAGAGCAAUCUUUGGCUAUGCUGUCCUCCAGAUAUUGUCAGGCCUGCCCCAGUUACAAGAGAACACCACAAAUCAGAAUUGAUAUUGCAGCAAUUUUAAUGUCCACUGAAGAUAUCCUCUGGUCAGUUUGCAGCUCUGUACAGGAGUUUCUGAAUCCACAUGAAGACAGAGAUCUCAAGAUCUAUAAAAUACAUAGCCACUGCAAUAGUCUGCUCUCUGUGCUGGCUAUUUUAACUUCACCACUGAAGAAUUUGUAUGAGUGAGUAUGAAAGAAAUAUUCAGCUCAUGAAAAAGUAGCAAUUAAGAAGGUGACUCAUGAACAGAUCAGGACUCCAUCAGCCAGAGAAAUGGCAGCCCCGGGUCAGCUGAAACUGCUUUUAUCCCAGCCGUACUGUAAUUUGAACUUGCUUUUGGAAACACUGCUACAUCAUGAUUGUCUCUUAGUGAAAAUUUUACUGAGGAGUUCAAAACAGAUAAAUAACAAACAGCCUUCUCUGAUUGAAACACUCUUCACAGUACUGUCUUACUGCACUUUAUCACCCAAAUCUCUUGGCAUCGCUUUUGAGACCUACAUGGAAAAAGAGCAGUUGUGGAAUUGCUUAUACAAUAUGACAGUUUCCAGUUGUGGUGAGUCGGAGCCAGAGGUUAUCAGAUGUUUAAAGUUGACUUUGAUUAAUUCAGUCAAGGGUAUAGUGAAGCAGAUAAUUUCUUUGAUGCAUUCAUGGGAGGCAACAGAAAACUAUGGAACAUACCAGCACAAGCAAAUAGUUCCUGAAAGUUUACUGAAAACGGUACCAAAGGAAUGGAAUUAUACUCCUCGGGAAAUGAAGAGAAAAGAAUCUGGGAAAUGCUUCACAAGGCUUGCAGCUCAGGCAGUAUCUAUUGUAAUCAGCAAGUUACCUACAGUGAUUGCAUGUUUGCCUCCCCCAAUUAAGUAUUUCUUUUUUCUGGCUGAGAGAAAAAUGUCAAGAAACUUUGCUGAAUUGAAGAAAGCUGGUCUGCUUGUCUGGAACUUGAUUGUAAUUAUAUGUCGGAUAUUUGAGGAUGGAAAUACUGCAGAACUUUUAACAGGUGCAACACUUGACAGAUGGAGCAAAGAAAAACUCAGUUUAGUUCGUGUGUGCUUAGAAAGUAUUAUGGGAAAACAGAAAAGUGGUCCUAAGCAAGUGACCCAGAAGGUUAUACAAAGCAUUGAACAGCAAAGACCAAAUUGGAUUGAAAGCCAGUUGCUGAAGGCAAGAAAACUGAGCACAGACUGUGCCUCGGUCACAGUAGAAGGUGCAACGUUAGAGGAAGGAGGUAUUGCAGUUGGAUUCACUGAGCAGAAAAUAAACAUGAUGGUCCUGGAUAUCUGCCACAAACCAGGUGGCAGCGAGUACCUAAAGCAAAUUUAUCACAUCAUCUGGCUCAAUGAGGAAUAUUUGAAAGAGCAGCUGUCUUGUGAGAAUUUUUCUGAGGAUGGUGUUACCUCCAGUCAAUGCCUGCCUUUGACACUGAUGGGCAGAGAAGAGCAGCCUGUCUUCAACCCUGUCCAGGUGUACAGACAAUCUUGUGUAAAAGUGUUCAAUCAGUCAACCAUUACUGAAUGGAACUGGGAUUGGUCAAACUUGCUGCCAAGUUAUUUGGGACUGAAUCAGAUGACCUUCAGGGUGCUGCUGGCACACAGGUGGGAGAUGAAAGAAGGUGCAGAUCUUGAAGAUGAGGAGAAAGUGAUGGUGGAACACUUAAAAAAUGUUUAUUUGACACAGAGCACUCCUACCUCGGAGGAUAAAGAAGAAUAA